AUGGGCGCUUUUGGGCGGCUGCGAUCGAGGAAGCUGGAUAUGAGCGGCGUGAAGGAGAUGGCGGCCGCAGUGGCAGGUGAGGAUGCUGCUGAGGGCGAGGUGCAGAAUCUGAGCUUGAGCAAGCUACGCGAGUUGCGAGCUUCGGGGGAGAUCUCCGAUGUAACCUUUUGCGCCAUGCUCCUGCGGCUUAGCCAGGCUGAAGCCGGACGCGGCCUGAACGACGUCUGCGUCGAUGCUGUCGAGUUCCAGCAUGCAAUGUGCCUGGCGCGGGGACAGAGCAGCCCUUGGACAUCAUCCUUGCGUGCAGGAGUUUGUGCUGCUGCCCUGAGCUUCCUCCGAAGGGGCGCUAGCAAAGCCGGAGAGGCGCCCACAAUAGCCGAGAAGUUGAUCCAAGUUGCUUCCCGCAGCACGAGCUUCGUGUCUACCUUGGCCAUCAACUUGUACUUCAAGCUUCAGCUGCCUGAUGACAAGGUGGCCGCGCAUGUGCCGCAGUUCCUUGCUCUUCUUGGGGAGGCGGACGCAGCGACCGAAGGGCUUAGCUCGGCGAGGCGUCGUGGCUGUCUUGCUAUGGCAUCGUGCCUGUCCUUGGAGUUGGCAAAGCGGGCCACCGCUGUGAUACCCACAGUCCGCCGCUUGCUUGCUGAUGCUGCUGGCCGAUCGGAGGAUGCGACAGUGCGCUCAGCGCUCCGGGUGCUUGGCGGCGUCCGCCGCUGUUCGAGCUACCACAUGCAGGCCGUGUCGACUUGCUCCGGUGCGGCCAUCGUCGUCGGAGCCGACGAGCGCUCGGCUGUGCUUCUGACACCCCAGGGUGACGUCAGGAUGCUCACCCGCCUUCCCUGGUCGUCUUUGGAGGGUCACUGUGGGACUUGGCCGACGGAGUGGCAAGACGACGAAAUUCUGGCGCUGCUUCGGCAAUCCUUGCAGAAAAGCCUUCGCGAGGGUGCUGCCGAUGCCGCUGAAGGCCCUCCUUUGGAGCUCUUAAGAGCGACGGCUUCUGCUUUGCACGGCUCUGGAUGCUGGGAUGCGUCUCUGCUGGCGGAGGUAGUCCGGGCGCUCGACCGCCUUGCCCCGAACAACAAGCGCUCUCCUAGUUCCUGCUUCGUGGAGCUCGCCGAGCAUCGGUGCUUGCUGCUCAGGCUCUCCAUGGCGAUGGCGUGCACGGCGAACCAAGACAUUGAGCCAAGAAGGAGCCACCUUGUGUCCAAGCCCUCUCCUCCGUCGACGGUGCCCUCCAACAGCUCGUCCUCGGGUGAGGAGGCACCCUCCUUGCUCAGCGUCUUGAACCAGAGCUCUGAUUGGCGUGGGCGGUACAAGCUGAAGCGACACACAGACACCUGGUUCAAGGCAAAGUGGCAGAUUCAGUUCAAUCUCAACUUCUCCGAGACAGGGAGCCUGUACGUCACUGUGCGGUGGCCAAAAUUCGCCCAGCCAGCCGUCGCUCGACUUGGUCGGUGGUACAAGGACACUGGAGGCAGAGGCGGAAUCGCGAUCACCUUCGACGUGGAGUUGCCAGAAGGACGCCGUGAGGGCGGACGAACUCGAGAUGGGCAGGUCUUCUCAUGGCAAGGCCAACUCGUCUGCUCCCGCGGAUGCCCGCACUUCGAGGGGACGGCGCGGAGUCGCGUCAGCGACCUUUCCUACGAAUGGAAUCGGAAGAUUCAGUCGCGCAAAGAUCGAGCCCAGUUCGCGAAGGCUGAUCCGGAAGAUGAGGAAGAAGACGAGUGUGAUCGUCUAGGCUACUGA